UUAGCUACGAAACGCAGCAUAGACCAGUCAGUCCUUCGGAAGUACGGAAAACGUGAAAACACAGGCAGCCAAGUGCGUGAGCGCGUGCGUUCUUCUUGAAUUUGUACCGAGAGUUCAACUCCACUGACUGGCGUUGGUUGGUUCACCGCUGAAUAGGGAGAAGACUCCCGUUUGUUUUUCUCUAUGCAGAGUGCAAUCGAAAUUUGGACCAAGAGGGGAUCGCUUGCACCGAACAAUCAAAAUUGGAAGCCCACUUAGAUAUGAGCUGAACUGGGCGCAUUCGUUUUGAGCGCGAUGGAUUUUCUAUGGGUGCACUUGUAUUGCGUUGUUGUUGCUGCUGUUACCAUUUUUGGAAGCGGAUCGUUUGAUGGAAUUUGAUACAGGCCUCAGCAUUUGUAAAACUUGAUUGGAAAAAAAGGUGAAAUGUUCAUGCUGCGAGUGAUAUAAGAUACAAAGUGUUAAAAGUGACAAAAGUGUGAAGAUAUCGAAAGUGUUAUCAAGUGCAGCAAACAACAAUGGCCAAGGAUUCGAUAUCGAUUCCGAGUGAGGAUUUCAACGCUCCCGUCCCAAGUGGUUCCAGUGGCAGUACUUUUGAGACUGAAGAAGCAAAGACGCAGCCGAGGCGAGGACUGUGCAAGUGGUUCAACGUGAUCAAGGGAUGGGGAUUCAUAACGCCGGACGACGGAGGACAGGAUGUCUUUGUCCAUCAGAGUGUGCUUCAAAUGGAGGGGUUUCGAUCGCUGGGGCAAAACGAACCGGUUGAGUUCGAAGCCAAAUUGACUGAUAAGGGAUACGAAGCGACCAAGGUGUACGGCCCCUCGCAGAGCCAGUGCAAAGGAAGCGAGUUCAGGCCGCGGGCUAAGCGAAAGUACAGAAAGAUGAGGUGUUACAACUGUGGAGAAUUCGCAAACCACAUUGCUCAAAUGUGCGCCUUAGGUCCGCUGCCAAAACGGUGUCACCAUUGCAAGGGCGAGGAUCACUUAGUGGCGAACUGUCCGAACAAACCACCGACGUAACAGAAAUCUCAUGUUUCAAACAUCAACGAUAACACCAGAGACCAGAACAUCGAGGCAAACACCAUCCGAAAGCAUGUUUCACCCUUGCAAGGGUAAUCGAAACGCUUGUUGGUUCUGGUCCUCGCUACAGCCAACGCACCAUCUACCUCAUCAAUAGAGCACUACGCACACGAACAAACGUUACCGCAGCAGUACAAACAGAGAAACCAACGAUUCCUAAUAAGAAAACAAAAAUCCAAGUAAAAUUCCUGCACGCAAACCCUUACCCAGAUCACUCGAAUGCGAAGUGCAACGCUUAAAUGUUCCAUACUAUAUCGAAUGCAACCUAGACUAAGGGGACUAAGGGGCGGUUUAGUGUGCACACCUAGGUUUGUAUCCACCCUGGGAAGGGGUGUGUCACUUUUGACUCACCACUUUUCACGCGGUUUCCCUUCGCCAAAUGAGUUUUUUUUUUGUAGUUUUUACAAGCCCACAUACGUAUAAGAUAAUGUUAGGUCAUCACCGGCGUGUGGAGUUUAUUCCAAUAUUAGAUGUAGAUUGUGUGACGUGGAUUUGAACUCAGCCAGUAAUGUUGCUGAAAUCAAACUGAGUGGGAUGCAAGUGUAUGUGUCGUGUGUGAUCGUGUAAAUACAGUAUGUGCAAUCAAAUGCAAGUUUAACUAGAGAAGAACCAACGGAAACCGUUAUCGCAGUCAAGAUCGAAUCAUAAAUAUUCAUCUUCUUUUUAUAACGGAUUGAGUUCUAGACAUUCAUAUCGAAACAUUCUGAGAGAAACGAAACAGAGAACCCUACAAUGGCCCACCCUUCAUCGAGAGUUACUAGAAACGACAUUCUGGUAAAAUUUAAUUUGCUACCAUAGGAGCGUACCUUUUUUUCGUAGUCACUAUUUAGCUAAGAAGCGGAGAGUUUGAUUUAAUAAAAAUUUUAUAAGCUUU